AUGAAAGUCUUUGUUGUCUUCGCACAUCCCGAGCCUCGCUCACUCACCGGCAGCCUGCUCCGCGUCACGGUCGACGAACUCGAGGCCCAGGGCCACGAGGUUCGGGUCUCAGACCUGUACGCAAUGAAGUGGAAGCCCCAGCUCGACCGCGACGACUUCCCCCAGCAUCCCGCCGAGGAGCCUCUCAGUCUUACCACAGCAUCAGCGGCCGCUGCGGCAUCUGAUUCGCACACAGAAGACGUCAAGCGCGAACAGGAGAAGCUCCUGUGGGCUGACGCCAUCAUUCUCCAGUUCCCGCUGUGGUGGUACUCUAUGCCGGCUAUAUUGAAGGGCUGGGUAGACCGGGUCUUCACGUCGGGCUUUGGAUACGGCCUGGGCGAAUACAACGAAAAGCGCUGGGGCGAUCGAUACGGAGAAGGGAGGUUGGAGGGAAAGCGCGCGAUGCUCAUCGUCACCGUUGGAGCCCCGAGCCAGCAAUAUUCUGCCCGUGGCAUCGCUGGUCCCAUUGAGGACAUUCUCUUCCCGAUAACUCACGGGAUCCUCUUCUACACCGGCGUCGACGUUCUCCCGUCAUUCGUCUACUGGAUGGCCUACCGAUCGAACGAUGAGGCUUUCCAGGCGGCGGCAGACGAGCUUCGUCAGAGGCUGCGCGACCUGCCCGUCACUGAACCCAUUCCCUACCGACACCAGAACGCCGGGGACUAUGAGAUCCCGUCGCUGCUUUUGAAGCCGGGGCUGGAGAAUAGUUCAGAUUCGGGGUUCUCUCUGCACAGGCGCACGGUCAAUGGGUGA